AGAAAAGCAGCAGCGAGGAGCAGAGGGAAGAAGGGAGGAGGAGCUGAGAGGAGAGGCCAUGUGGACUCCGCUGGACAAUGCUGGCGCUUUCUCAAAUAGGAGGAGGAGAAAGAAGGGCGCUUUUGGAUGCUACUUUGAGCAAGUUAGCUUUUUUUCCCCCCUUAAAGAGACUCGUGUUUUUUUUUUUUUCAUAACUACUUUCUUGUGCUUUGUUGACCUGCGGAUCGUUUUCUGCAUAAAAUGUGGAGAGGCUUUUAGGUACGAAUUACAUUUUGGAUGGAAAGAAACAUGUUUUAACCGCAGGUAUUUUAAAAUAAGACAUUUUUACUGGUCUUUAACUUUUGCUUUUGCCGUUUUUGGAGCAUUGCAGAAACUUUCUGUGGUUACAUUUGUGGGUCACCACCCUUGUUUUAGCAAGAUGCUUGGACUCAGCCAUCCUGCUGACAACCACGACUUGUUUUUCGACAACUUUCUGCUGCAAUAGUUCAGCAAAAAUAUUUCUUUUGGUGGUUGAUCCCUGUAAUCGAACACCGAGUAUAACCCUCCUCUCUUUGUCAGGCAAAUCAAUUCAAGUCAAUAGCAUCCCCUGAGAGGAGGAAAGCAAAGACAAAAAACGGUAGGAGGCGACCGGGGUGGGGGGGAUAGAGUCCCGUGUGGGUUUCAAAAAUCCCUCUAGACCUCCAUCCUGUCUUCCCAGAAAUGAAGGGGGGAGGCCUGCAGCGUGUUUGAGAGUACAGGGGGGAGGUCUCAACCGCAUCACCUCCAGCAGAGGGUCCUGAGAAGGAGGCUGGUACAAGAGGAAGGCGUAGUUAGGGGGGGGCUUAGGUCCCUGAUAGAGAAGGGGAGGGCAGGUGGCAGGGCUUUAGGUCUCGGUCAGGGAUGAUCACUUACGUGCACUGCCUCUCAUCGGAGCCAGUGGUCAGUUGCUGGGACAGAGCCUGCUAUGAGGUCCCCCCGGGUGAGAGGCCAACUCUGUGCUCUUUCAAGCCCGGCAGCAAGAUGGGAAACAGCCUCCAGGCCCAGGCCUGCCCCAGCCCCAGGCCCCCCAAAGCCGAGGGCUGCCUGCGCAAGCGUCUCCUCUCCGUGUCGAAGGUGCACCAGAAGCAGGACUCGCUCUGGACACCCAAACCCCUGCUCGGACCUGUGGUCAAAGGCUCACCGGGGAAAACCACUACAACCUGCCUGGAGGGAAAAGCUGUGUCUAAUCUGGACGAGGAGAGCAAAUGGACGGUCCAUUACACGGCCCCCUGGCAUCAACAGGAGAACGUCUUCCUCCCAGGCAGCAGGCCGCCCUGUGUAGAAGACCUUCACCGACAGGCAAAAGUCAACCUCAAGACCGCACUGCGAGAAUGUGACAAAUUGAGGAAAGAUGGUUUCCGGAGCUCUCAGUACUACUCUCAGGGUCCCACUUUCUCUGACCCCAAACAGUCCACCAGCAGCCUGGAUGAAGAGGACGAUGAAAAUGACAGGAAGUCGACAGCUUCGUCAGCGGAGGACGACAAAUCUCAGCUCUCCGUGAGGUCCCCGACGCCGCAGGGAGCGAGCGAGGCAGGGGAGGUGCCUGACGCUGGCAGACAGGUGGUAUGGAACAAGGGCGCACCCCUCCCGACCCCGGAGGAGAAGAUGAGGCAGGUGGCUAAGGCCGUGCCCACAGAUGUGGUCCCGAUCAACAUCACAGGGGCAGUGUUUGACCGCCAGGCAAGCAUCCGGCGCUCCCUCAUUAACUCUGACACCGUGCCCCGGCGGCCCAAGAAGGUCAAACGCAGAAAGACUAUAUCAGGGCUGCCUGACAACAUCAACCAGGAGCUAGCAGCUAAAGGGCGAGGAGGUGAGCUUCGGCCACAUUCGAUGUUCAUCCCAGGACAGUACUCUACUCUGGGCCGGGCGGGGAGCGUCAACUCAACCCUGCGACACUCAGACACCAGAGACUCCGGCUGCCAGACGGAGGAAGUGAAGAUCGUUCCCCCGUCUGUGAGGAGAAUCCGGGCGCAGCGGGGACAGGGAAUCGCCGCUCAGAUGGCCGGUAUUUCUGCCUCCUCGUCCACGGGAAGCAUCUCCAUCUCCAGCAGCGACAGCUCAGGGGUCGUAGUGCUGCCCCACCACUUCAACGGAGACCCCUCGCGCUUCCACAGCCUCCCCCGACAGGGUGCCAGGGUGUCCCUCAGUGCUGAUCCCAUCUAUAGCAGCACACCCAUAAAGUCAGAGGACCAGCCUCAGAGGCAAAUCGGGAAGCUUCAGGCUGACGACACGGUGGUGCACAUGAGGAACAAUCCGAGGAUGAACUCUUCACCCAGGCCAAAGUCUCAAGAGGUGAGGGGGACGUACUCUGAGUGGGGUGGCAGUAUGGCAUGCGUAGUCUCCCCUCAUGCUGCUUAUUCCACCUCCUACAUCCCCAAUGCCACUCUGCCUAGCUCCACUGAAGUGAUUAGCCUCAACACCUCCAAUCAGUCACCAGUCGCAGCUUACGCCACAUCUCGAGCACUCAGCCAGGCUUCCUCCACCAACACCGACCCCUCGAUGUCCAGUCCAACAGCUUUCAGCCACAGUCCAGCUUUGGCCACCUCUACCCCUGUGCACGCACCUCAGGACGGCUGUCUGAUACCUGCCAGACCAGCGAGUGAGUCGGGCCACUCCGACAGCAGCAUCCACAGCCACAGCACACUGGCCCCUACUCCGCCCUCCUGCCUACCAGAGGAGCAAUGGAUCUAUGAUACACCUGAAAAUGUGGUCGCUCCACACCGCACCCUAACCUCCAGCUGCUCCACCCCCAUCAACCAGCUCUACAGCACCUUGGACCACUCCUCCAGGACCACAACCGACUCCGGCUCCCUCUACUCUCAGGACAACGAUGGGUACUACACCUCUAUGCACCUGGAUUCGGGCUUGCGCUCCCGGAGUCACGGCAGCGGGCACGGCGCCACAGCUGGACGAGCCUCUAGACACAGCAUGUACGAGUGUCGUGAGAUGGUGGGUGAGGAAGACGCUGGAAGCCUCUACAGUGACCGCUCCCUCUCCCGCAGCAUCUCCCUACGCAAGUCCAGGAAGCCCCCGCCUCCCCCGGCUCGGACGGACUCUCUGAGGCGCAAGCCUGCAGCGAAGAAGCCCAUCGGGGGCGUUAGCGCCGUCAACGGCGCUGAUGCACCGGGUGGCAGCAUGCUCAGUGAGACUCUGAUCGCCAGCUUGCAGCAGAGCUUACAGAUGGGACUGAGGGGGGGGAAGGGAAAGGGCGCUUCACCCUCUUCAGCCUCGCACAGCCCGAGCAGCGACUACGACGACCCCUGGGUGAUGCGGUCACGCAGUCAGAGCAGCAUCAGUGCAGGUAGCUCUGCAGCCUCCCUGGCAGCUAACGCUAACUGUGGCGGCGUGCCAAACGUGUACUCCCUCUGCCAUGUGACCCCCACCCCCAGCGACACCAGCAGCUUGCGUUCUGACUAUGCAGACUCGUGGGGAUACUACUCCGACUACCCGCGUAACCCGGUGGACCAGCGGGUGCAGACGCCUCCCGGCCACGUCACAGAUAAAGUCACGGCCGGCGCUCAUCCAGGAAAAUUUCAGAACGGAGGUCAGACGCAGGGGGCUGCAACCCAGGAGGUAGAGGUGCCUGCGAAGACCAAACCCCCCAGCUCUUCCCCGGACAGGGUGCACAGACUCACCUCCCCGUCCAGCGGCUACUCCAGCCAGUCCAACACGCCCACGGCUGGAACACCGGUACCAGCAUUCGUCAGGUCAAUGUCUCCGUCAGGUGGCAGACCCAGGCCCAAAGUCCCAGAGAGGAAGUCCUCCCUCCUCUCCUCGGUAUCCGUCUCCUCCUCCUCCACGUCGCUGUCCUCCAACACCUCGGACAGCCUGAAGAGCUAUGGCCCCCCUCCACCACCGCCUCCACCACUGCUGUUCUCCUCCUCAGCUCCUAGUACCCCUCUCAGUGCACCGCCACCCUUCCCUCCCCCUCAAAGCUCUACUCCUCCACCUCCUCAGGAUGCCUCCCUGAGCCCCCUCCCUGCUUGCCACACUUCCCCAGAAUUCCCUCCUCCACCAUCCCCAGACAUGCUAAUCCAUACCAGCUCAUCUUUCAAUGGGAGUCCAAGCCCACCCCCUCCCCCUCCCCCGCCUCUCCCCACCAUAGGGCCCCCUCCACCUCCACCACUGCCUUCUUUUGCUUCAGCAUCCUCCUCACCUCCUAAGAAGCCAGCAAAAGAUCCUCCUAAGCCAGAUCUUUCCAAUAGCCCCUCAAAGUCCCCCAAGCCCCUGAUCACCCCGUUUGCACUGCAGAGUGUUCAGCUCCGCGCGGUCAGACGGCCAGAGGAUGAAAUUAGCAGUAAAACCAGCGGCGAAACUCAGGAAACCAGGAUAGAAACCAUUUUGGGUCUGAAACAUCAGGACCAGGAGUCGUCUUGCCCUCCAGAGCAUCCCGCUGUACCGACCGUCUUCACUGGCUCUCAAGGGCAGGAUUUGCACAAGACCCCGCCGUCGCCUGUGUCGCAGCUUCUGGAAGAGCUGUCACUGGACCACAGUUUCCCAGAUGAAACACCAGAUAGCACUGUCAUCAACUGGAAAACAGAAGAGCAGAGCUACCCUCUGCUAAACGGUAAAGAAGACGAGGAAGGGGACUCGUCGAUCAGCCCCCCAAGUAGCUGCGACGCGUCCCCCGUCAAACAGAAACCCCCGGCAGUCGCCAAGAAACCCAAAGUUUGCCUGAUCCUACCGUUUACCCCAAACAAGGAUGCAAGUUCUCUGAGCCAAGCAGAAGACCAAGUGGAUGCACUGAUACAGGUGGAGGUGAGAGAGAGGAGUGAGCAACAGGAUGAGGAGGACACUGAAGAAAGCCUUGAGCCGUCAGGGAGCGGUGAGACAUCACCGGACCAAGAUGACUCCUGCUUUACCAGUGGUGAUACAAGUGUUGGUCACGAACUUCCAAAUGGAGAAGCUCAUGAAGAGGAAGAGGAGGAAGAAGAUGGACUGAGCAGUACCACUGAGUCCAUCAGCUCCAAGGAGGAAGAUAUGGGUGAGGUUUUUGAAUCCAGCACGGCCGAACCGUCUCCGGCUCCCUCAGCAAACGGGCCAUCCAAAGACAACAUGGUGACCCCGACUCCCACUUCGGCUCGACCCAGAACAACAGAGGACCUCUUCGCUGUCAUACACAGGUCAAAGCGGAAGGUCCUGGGACGUAAGGAGUCUGAAGAAGAAAAGUCCCGAACCGGGAGCCAACCCCAGUCCCCACCGUCGACCCCCACCAGCCUGUCUCCGGUAGCGGCGUCCUCGCUGCCCCGCCCGUCGGGCUCCAUCCAACGCAACCUCCGCAAGACCUCCACCAGCAGCGACACCUUCAAGGCCCUCCUCCUGAAAAAGGGCAGCCGCUCCGAGACCAGCUUCAGGAUGUCUGCCGCCGAGAUGCUUCGCUCCACUGACCCGCGCUUCCAGCGGACGCGCUCCGAGGGCUCGGACCCCUUCCUGGCCUCGCCCACGUCGCCGCUGGCCCCCAACAGCCCCUGCAACUCCCCCAGCCGAGGCAAGAGGGCGACAGACGUGGAGUGGAGCCGCUACGAAGCCUUGGGCCUGUCCUCGCCGACGUCUUCGCCCUACUCGAUGGGCGUCCCAAAGUACGGACGCUCCCGCACGCCGCCGUCCGCCGCCAGCAGCAAAUACAACGCUCGCAACCGAAUCCUCAGCAGCCCCAUGACCGUGAUCUGCGAGCGCGAAGGGGAGCUGGCUGAGAGCGAGUAUGGAGAAACCGCCGAAGGUCUGUCCGAACCGGCGGUCCAGACUCUCCCGGUGCUUGCAGACUCCAACGGCACUUGAUGAGCUGAGCUCGUGUGAAGAUAACCUGGAAACGGUGCUGGGGAGCAGCCUCCCUGAGCUCCAGCCCCCCCUCUGCUGACCUCUGCAGGAGUGACGUGACGCCGGUGGCCACCUGAUCGUGGACCAAUGUGAACCUGUCUGAAGUGCAACAAUGGUUCUGCUCCUAUGAUUUCAUUCUCUACCCAAUCUUCUAGUGAUUCGCCUCUAAAAAGAAGUCAUGCUUUAGCAUCUGGUGUUUUUUUUUAUUUAAACGUUUUAAAUCAUCCUUCUAGUUUGAAACCGAGGUGAAUCGAAUGAGUUGCCGAGUGGUAAACGUUUUAACUUUUGCAGCUUUGGGUUUUGUAAAGACUGGAAUGUAAAGAUUUGUUUAUUUAGUUCCGCUUGAAAAUCUCCGUUUCCACUUCUAUUCUUUUUUUUUUUUUUUUUUUGCUGACUGGCUUCAGAGAGGGACUGAAAGCGGCACCGUUUACAAACGUCAAAAUAAGACCGAGUGGAGGACGAGGUACAGCAGGCAGAAAGCCCGACGGUACACCUUCAGCUGUAGGAACACCAGCCUUUAACUUUUCUGCACGCAGUUCAGCUGUUGAUGUGCUCAGCGGGAAGCGCAGAGGGGCUCAGUGCUGCCCCCUACAGGCGGGAUCAGUGAGGACGAUACCGAGACUGGAUCGUAAAAAUCGUGACUUUUUUUGUUUGUAGACUUUGCACUGUGCAUAGAUCUGGUUUUGUUUGUGACUUUGAAAUAUGUUUUAACAAGCGUUUUAGUCAUGAGUUGUGUUUGGGAGUUAAAAUAUGAACCUGUAAAUGUAUAUUAAAAGAUCUUAUUUUAUUGUCCAACUCUUUUAGUUUUCAUGUGGGUAACCAAAGAGUUUAUUAUUAAACAGAACUGGCUGUUGAUCUGAACUCUGUCUGAGCGCGUGUUUCUGCCUGAGAGCAAAUCUUUGUGGUGUGUUUUUUUUUACAGCUUAAAUUAUCUCCAUAAAGCUGUCUUAAGUGUACAGCUCUGUCUUUCCUUUUGUUUAAUUUAUUUCUCUUACCAGGGCAUUGGGGAUAAUGUGUAUCCAUUUUCAUGUGACCGAGCGCUCGUCUCGUGACGGGAAACGUCUCAGUCCUGCAGGUUUGUUGGAGGCUGGCAGGCAGAUAGAGGUGGGAGUGAAUAGCCUGGCUCCUUUUUAUAUGUCUGGGAUAAAAAAAAAA